GACAGCAUCAUUACUGGCUAUCUGACAGUGACACACUCAGGUUACCAAGCGCUCUAUAGGUAAUUACUUCUGAUGAACCAUCAGGUGUAAAAAAAGAGCACGUGGUAGAAGUGUUGAAAGGGAUCAGAAAAAGCGGGAAUCGGUUCACUCCAAGAGAAAUCCCCUUGAGAAGUUAUCAGUUACGUCAGACAGUUUACUCAAGGCUUCGUGUGAAGAGGAUUAUGGCACCUGCAGCAAGAAAACAGACUGUAAAAUCAGCUAAACCAGUACAAGAUGAUAAAGCACUGCUUGCUUACGAGUUUGAGGAAGAACCAAAAAAAGACCUUAGUGGAUCUGAGGAGGAUGUUAGAGAAGGUGAAACCCCAGUAGUGGAAAAGCAUGGCAAGAAAAGGCCAAGUACAGUUCCUGCACGUGAAAUAGAUGAAGAUCCCAUCAAUGUGGGGUACGGAGAGGUGCAGAAUAUGCUGGAGAGAUUUGGAGUGGAUAUCAAUAAGGCUCUGUUAGCAAAGAGAAAGAGAUUAGAGCUCUAUACAAAAGCUUCUCUUAAAACGAGUAACCAAAAAAUUGAACACGUUUGGAGGACACAACAAGAGCAGAGGCAGAAACUUAAUCAUGAGUAUUCACAGCAGUUCCUAACAAUAUUUCAGCAAUGGGAAUUGGAUGUACAAAAAUCAGAAGAACAGGAAGAAAAGCUGGCUAAUAUGUUUCGUCAGCAGCAGAAACUUUUCCAGCAGGCAAGAAUAGUUCAAGGACAGAGGUUGAAAACGAUUAAACAGUUGUAUGAACAGUUUUUAAAGAGCAUGGAAGACUUGGAAAAGAGUCAUGAAGCUCUUCUCUCAGGCGCACAGAGUGAACUUCGUAAAGAAAUGGCAAUGUUACAGAAAAAAAUCAUGAUAGACACACAACAGCAAGAGAUGGCAAGUGUUCGCAAGUCUCUUCAGUCGAUGUUAUUCUGAGAGCUCAAAGGAGAGGGGAUUACUUGCACCUGUGCAACAUAAUACAAUAAUAAUCCAUUAAGGACUUGUACAGUUUCAUUUGUGUUUACUUUGUUAAACUAUUUUCUGUGCUUUAUGAAAAGAAUAUAACAUUCUGUUGUAAAUCAGCAUUGUUUUCGAAUAAAAUGUUUGUCAUGCCA